AUGGCAAGCUCCAAGGCAUCCAGAGAUGCGGCGCCCUCCGCAUCAAACGGCGUCUCCAAGACCACGAUAUCUAUCGCCGGUCUCGCACUUGACAUAUUCGGUCUAUCUGAGCUGAUUCCCGUUCAGACGAAUGUCUCGUGUCUCUGGCUACAUCACGGCCGGACGCGGCGGAAGGAGGACAUGGCCGAAGUCGCGGAGCGGAUGGUGUCCAGCUUCAACCAGCAGCUCGGCAGGGGUGGCAACAGCAACAACGGCGAUACCGAGAGCCACAGACGGGGCCUCAUCGUCGUGACCUUUGACCAGCGGAAUCACGGCACGCGCCAGACGGACAAGCUGGCCAACAGCACGUGGCGGUCCGGAAACACGCGGCACGCGCAGGACAUGUUCGCCACGGUCACCGGCACCGUCGUGGACACGAUGCAUCUGAUGGACGUGCUCGAGGGGUACCUGUGGCUUGAAGACACAGCAGCACCAGAAGCAGGAGCAGCAGCAACGGCAAAUGCGAGGAAGACGAUCGACCAGCACCUCGUGCUAGGAGUCAGCCUCGGCGGGCACUGCGCGUGGCAGCUGCUUUUUGAGGACCCGCGGAUUACGGCCGGCGUGGUGGUCAUCGGGUGCCCGGAUUACAUGCGCCUCAUGACGAAUCGGGCCAAAGGCUCAAAGCUGCCCACUUUCCAAUCCCACGACGGCGGCGCCUCGUUCCUGGGCAGCAAGGACUUCCCGCCUGCUCUCGUCGCUGCAGCGAAGAGGUGGGACCCGAAAGCCCGUCUGUUCGGCACGGACGCCAUCCCGCCGGCAGGAGCCCGGCCUGAAGAGGUGCACUCUCUGCUGGACAGGACGAUCCGUGGGAAGAGGAUCCAAAUCUUAUCUGGUGGCAAGGAUAAGCUGGUCCCGUACGCGGUGGCCAAGCCGUUCUUGGACUUCUUCAAAGACGCUGUCGGGGCGUGGUACAAGCACGACGAGGUAUAUGUCGAGGACAAUGUGUAUCCAGAGGCUGGGCACGAGUUUAGCGAGGAGAUGAAGGAGGAUGCGGUACGGUUUGUGCUGGAUUCUGUGGGGAAGGCUGAUGGCGCUACGGGACAGCAACAGGAGAAGCAACAGAUUGCUUUGCCAAAAAUGUAA